AUGGGAAUAUUGCGGAGUCCGAAAGGAGAAGAACAAGAGAAGGCUAAGAAGGAAUUCAUAGAGGCAUUGAAGGUCUUGGAAGAAGAACUUGGAGACAAGCCUUACUUUGGUGGUGACAAUUUUGGGUUCUUGGAUUUGAGUUUUGUGGCCUUCUACUCCUGGUUUUAUGCCAUGGAGACUUUAGUCAAUUUCGACAUAGAGGCCGAGUGUCCAAAGUUGAUUGAAUGGGCCAAGAGGUGCAUGGAGAAGAAGGAAAGUGUGGCUAAGUCCCUUCCUGAUCCACUCAAGAUCUAUGAUUUCGCUCUUCAAAUGAGAAAGAAGCUUGGUUUAGAUUAG